CCCCGCAUGCUCCAAACCGGAUCCUUCCGGAGGAAGGAGGGAAUAACGCACGAUGUGGUGGAUCGGGCUCCUCAGCCUGGUGGCCCUCUCCGAGUGCCUGGUCACCAUCCCUCUGACGAAGAUCGAGUCCACACGGGAGAGCCUGCGGGAGAAGGACCUGCUGAGAGACAAUCACCAGCAACACCCCUACAGCCACGCCUACAAGUUCCUGAGCAAAAAGGGCAUCACCAAGGAACCCAUGAGGAACUACCUGAACCUGUACUACGUUGGCACCAUCAGCAUUGGAACGCCCCCUCAGGAGUUCAGGGUCGUCUUUGACACGGGCUCAGCUGACUUAUGGGUGCCCUCCAUCUACUGCUCCAGUCGUGCCUGUGGGACACACAGAACCUUUGACCCUCAGGCGUCCUCCACCUUCCAGAACACUACCCAGCCCUUCGACCUGUUGUACGGGUCCGGCAGAGUGAUCGGGGUGCUGGGCUACGACGACGUGCGGGUUGGGGACCUUGUGUGCAAAUCCCAGGCAUUUGGCCUGAGCGAGACGGAGUCCGGCCUGUCUUUGGAAUUCAUGGUCUCUGACGGCAUCCUGGGCCUGGCCUAUCCUGACAUCGCCCUCAGAAACACCACCCCGGUCUUCGACAGCAUGUGGAACCAAAGCCUCAUAUCUGAGAACCUCUUCGCCUUCUACCUAAGCAGCAACGAGAAGAAUGGCAGUGUGGUGAUGUUUGGCGGCGUGGACCCCUCCUACUACCGGGGCGAGCUCCAGUGGGUUCCGGUGAGCAAGCAGAGCUACUGGCAGGUCACUGUGGACAGCAUCUCCAUGGAUGGCAAGGUCGUGGCCUGUCCCCGUGGCUGCCAGGCCAUUAUGGAUACUGGGACCUCACUGGUGACUGGCCCAACCAAAGCCACCCGCAACAUUCUGAGGAGCAUGAACGCCCUGACCACCAGCACAGGCAAGUACGUCAUCAGCUGCGAGGCCAUCCCAAGCCUGCCUGACAUCGUCUUCACCAUCAAUGGCGUCGCAUACCCAGUGCCAGCCAGCGCCUACACCAUGAGGGAGCAGAAGGGCAUCUGCUACCCCAACUUGAACAGCUCAAAAAGAAUCAAGCACUGGGUCCUGGGGGACGUCUUCCUGCGGCUCUAUUUCACCGUCUACGAUCGGGGCAACAACAGGAUCGGCUUGGCUCCUGCGAGGGCAUAGACAUGGGCACUGCUCCUGGAGGCCGCCAGCCCGCCCCAAGGAUUCACACACUCCCUGCGUCCCCACUACAGCUGCGUCUGGGGCUCUGCCAAGCCCUCUUCUCAGUGGAAAAGAAAGAACCUCAUUUGUGCCCAGCGGUGUGGCUCAGUGAUUGAACCUUAUCCCAUGCACUCAGACAUCACUGGGUCCAUUCCUGGUCAUACUGCAUGACCCCGGGGUUGUGGGUUCAAUCCCCAGGAGGACAAUGCAAUAGGCAG